AAGCCGCUGUCGUGGCCUGGAGCCCGGGUCGGAGAGGGGGGUCAAGCUUACUCUGUGGCGGUCCCAGAGGGAAUCCCGGCAGCGGGGAACCAUGAGGCCCGGCAAGACCUUCCGCAGGCGCCGCGCCGACUCGGAAUCGGAAUCGGACGAGCACGACAGCGAAGAGGUCCGGUUGAAACUGGAGGAAACCAAAGAAGUUCAGAGCUUGAGGAAACGACCUAACGGGGUGAGUGCCGCGGCCCUCCUGGUUGGGGAGAAAGUAGAGGAAGAGACGACUCUAGUGAAUGACCCCUUUAAAAUAAAGACGGGUGGAAUGGUGGAUAUGAAGAAACUUAAGGAGAGAAACAAGGACAGAAUUAACGAAGAGGAUGACCUCAACUUGGGGACAUCAUUUUCAGCAGAAACCAACCGAAGGGAUGAGGAUGCUGACAUGAUGAAAUACAUUGAGACUGAACUAAAAAAGAGGAAAGGAAUUGUGGAAAACGAGGAGCAAAAAGUAAAGUUAAAGAAUGCCGAAGACUCUCUCUACGAGCUUCCCGAGAGCAUCAGAGUGUCCUCAGCUAAGAAAACUGAAGAGAUGCUCUCCAACCAGAUGCUCAGUGGCAUCCCCGAGGUGGAUUUAGGCAUUGAAGCAAAGAUAAAAAAUAUCAUUUCCACAGAGGACGCAAAGGCACGUCUGCUGGCCGAGCAACAGAACAAAAAGAAAGACAGUGAAACCUCUUUUGUUCCAACCAACAUGGCUGUGAACUAUGUGCAACACAACCGAUUUUAUCAUGAAGAACUCAACGCUCCAGUUCGGAGGCACAAGGAGGAGCCAAAAACUCGUCCCCUCCGAGUUGGGGAUACGGAGAAACCAGAACCCGAGAGGUCUCCUCCAAAUCGCAAGCGCCCCCCCAACGAAAAGGCAACUGAUGAUUAUCAUUACGAGAAGUUUAAGAAAAUGAACAGACGCUAUUGAUAGCAGCUCAGUGACUGUAAAGGACUGAGGGGUUUUGUUUUUUUUUUUACAGAGAAUAUAUUUUUUUUGGUCAAGCAUAAGGUACAAUGUAAA